AUGUUGUUGUGAAGUGAAGAGUAUGAUUAUAAAUGCAUUAAGAGUGUAGAUAAAAAUAUGAUUGUGACUGCUACAGUACUUACUUCUUGUUUGAAACUAUUACUCAUACCUGCAUAUAGAUCAACGGAUUUUGAAGUUCACAGAAAUUGGUUGGCGAUAACUCACAGUUUACCAUUGAAACAAUGGUACUUCGAAGAGACUUCCCAGUGGACCCUGGAUUAUCCACCACUUUUUGCAUGGUUUGAAUAUUUGAUGUCCUUUAUAGCCGUCCUAUUGGAUCCACAAAUGUUGAAUGUGAAAAAUAUUAACUAUUCUUCAGACAACACUGUCUUGUUCCAGAGACUUUCAGUGAUUUUCACUGAUUUAAUAUACACUUUAGGGGUUUACAUGUGUUGUUCAGCUUUACAGAAGAGUUGGCGUAAAGAUGUUGUUUUACCAAUUUUAUUAAUAACUAAUUGUGGAUUAUUGAUGGUUGAUCACAUUCAUUUUCAAUAUAAUGGGAUUAUGUAUGGAAUCUUGUUAAUAUCUAUUGCUUAUAUGAUACAGGAUAGAUUCUUAUGGUCUGCUUUCUGGUUCACUGUUCUACUCAACAUGAAGCAUAUUUACAUCUAUAUGGCUCCAGCAUAUUUCAUCUAUUUACUUAGACAUUAUUGCAUUGGAGGCCCUCUGAAUUUUAAAAGCAUCUGCUCUGUGGGAACCCUGAAAAAUCUUGGUUUGCUGGGAUCCAUUGUUCUUGGAAUAUUCAUAGCAACUUUUUUGCCAUUUCAUGAUCAUAUUCCUCAAGUUAUUUCCAGGCUGUUUCCUUUCAAGCGUGGACUUUGCCAUGCCUAUUGGGCACCGAAUGUUUGGGCAAUCUAUAAUAUUGGUGACAAAAUUGGAUUUUAUUUGGUGUCGAAGAUCGGGGGCAAUUCCACGACCCCAGAGAUAGCGUCCAUGACGGGCGGCCUCGUCCGAGAGACCGCCCAUUCCUUCCUGCCGGACGUGCCGCCGGUGGCCACGAUGGCGCUGACGGCGCUCUUCAUGGCCCCCGCGAUGGUCAAGUUGUUCCUGCUGGACAGGCGGGCCGCCCAUUUCGUGCGGUGCUUGGUUGUGUGCGCGCUGACGUCAUUUCUGUUUGGGUGGCACGUGCACGAGAAGGCCAUCUUGAUGGCUAUCAUCCCGCUCAGUAUCUUAUCAAUCAUGGAAUCAAAUGAUGCUAGAAUAUUCCUCAUUUUAUCAACAGUUGGACAUUACUCACUAUUCCCCUUAUUAUUUCCAACGUCUUUGUUAUUAGUUAAAGUAUUUCUACUCCUUCUAUACACACUGUAUGCGUUUCAUAGUCUCUUCAAGCUAUACCCUUUGUCAAUUUGUAAAUAUUCGUUGCCAUUACUCAACCCGUUCGAGAGUAUGUAUUUACUUGGCUUAAUUGGAGUAUUUUUGUAUGAAAAUGUGGUACAUAGUAUAUUAGGUUUUGACAAAAGAUUUCCAUUUUUACCUCUGAUGAUAACCUCAGUGUAUUGUGCUGUAGGAGUCAUAUAUUGUUGGAUUAAUUACUAUAUUUAUUUCUUGAAAUACAAUGGUAUGCAUGUAAAAAGUAAAAUCAACAAGAAUAAAAGUUUGUAAUUAAU